GAAGGUCUGCCUUAAAAGUCUUGAUUGAUAGACGGUAUGAGUGCCUUUUUCGAUUUCGAGACUAUCCUGUACAUCUUGCUCCUGACCAUCUGUACGGCCACGUAUUUGCGGCAAUAUAGCCCUACUCUUUUCCACCGUGAUAGUUAUGAGCUAUACAAGAAAUUCUUGUACAAAUGUAGUGUGGUGGGCGAUCGGCUGUCGCCAUGGGUAUCGAUUUGUUGUCUCAUUCUAGCAAUGAAAAUUAUAUUUAUUGAUUAA